AUGGCCACCAUUAUUAUUUUCCAACUCAUUUACUCAAUUCCAUUUUCUCAUCACCUUUCCGCUGGCGAUCUUCUGCAGGGAAAACUUGAGAGGAUAAUUCAGUUUAUAUCUCACACUAUCUAUCUAUCUAUCUAUCUAUCACACACUCAUACACACAUACACUAUCUUUCUCUCUCAGGCGAUCUCAUUCUGUUCAUUAUCUAUCUUUCAUACCUGUCUAUCUAUCUAUCUAUCUAUCUAUCUAUCUAUCUAUCUAUCUAUCUAUCUAUCUAUCUAUCACACUCCAUCGAUCUCCCUCUGUUCAUACUUAUCUAUCUAUCUAUCUAUCUAUCUAUCUAUUCGGUUUCUAUCUAUCUAUCUAUCUAUCUAUCACACUCCAUCGAUCUCCCUCUGUUCAUACUUUCAUCUAUCUAUCUAUCUAUCUAUCUAUUCGGUUUCUAUCUAUCUAUCUAUCUAUCACUAGCACUCCAUCGAUCUCCCCUCUGUUCAUACUUAUCUAUCUAUUCAUCUAAUCUAUUCGGUUUCUAUCUAUCUAUCUAUCUAUCACACUCCAUCGAUCUCCCUCUGUUCAUACUUAUCUAUCUAUUCAUCUAUCUAUCUAUUCGGUUUCUAUCUAUCUAUCUAUCUAUCUAUCACACUCCAUCGAUCUCCUCUGUUCAUACUUAUCUAUCUAUCUAUCUAUCUAUCUAUUCGGUUUCUAUCUAUCUAUCUAUCUAUCUAUCACACUCCAUCGAUCUCCUCUGUUCAUACUUAUCUAUCUAUCUAUCUAUCUAUCUAUUCGGUUUCUAUCUAUCUAUCUAUCUAUCUAUCACUAGCACUCCAUCGAUCUCCCUCUGUUCAUACUUUAUCUAUCUAUCUAUCUAUCUAUCUAUUCGGUUUCUAUUCAUCUAUCUAUCUAUCUAUCACACUCCAUCGAUCUCCCUCUGUUCAUACUUAUCUAUCUAUCUAUCUAUCUAUCUAUUCGGUUUCUAUCUAUCUAUCUAUCUAUCUAUCACACUCCAUCGAUCUCCCUCUGUUCAUACUUAUCUAUCUAUCUAUCUAUCUAUCUAUCUAUUCGGUUUCUAUCUAUCUAUCUAUCUAUCUAUCACACUCCAUCGAUCUCCCUCUGUUCAUACUUAUCUAUCUAUCUAUCUAUUCGGUUUCUAUCUAUCUAUCUAUCUAUCUAUCUAUCUAUUCGGUUUCUAUCUAUCUAUCUAUCUAUCUAUCUAUCUAUCACAAUCUCAUUCUUCAUAUCUAUCUAUCUAUCUAUCUAUCUAUCUAUCUAUCUAUCUAUCUAUCUAUUCUUUGCUAUCAAGCAGUCUUUUUGACCGAUUCCCCUGCAUUUGCAAAUCAGGGACACUCAUCAAUUUCUUUAUAUUUCCGUUUAAUCUACUUUCAACUUCAUUAGGUUUCAUCAGUUUUUCCGUCUCUCUGUUUGUCUAUCAAAUAAACGAUGGAGUUUUCUUAAAAUUAUCUAUCUAUCUAUCUAUCUAUCUAUCUAUCUAUCUAUCUAUCUAUCUAUCUCAGCCUGUUCAAAUAUAUCCCAGGCUUUACAUAUCUAUCUAUCUAUCUAUCUAUCUAUCUAUCUAUCUAUCUAUCUAUCUAUCUAUCUCAGCCUGUUCAAAUAUAUCCCAGACUUUUACAUAUCUAUCUAUCUAUCUAUUCAUCUAUCUAUCUAUCUAUCUAUCUAUCUAUCUCAGCCUGUUCAAAUAUAUCCCAGGUUUUAUCUAUCUAUCUAUCUAUCUAUCUAUCUAUCUAUCUAUCUAUCUAUCUCAGCCUGUUCAAAUAUAUCCCAGACUUUACAUAUCUAUCUAUCUAUCUAUCUAUCUAUCUAUCUAUCUAUCUAUCUAUCUAUCUAUCUAUCUCAGCCUGUUCAAAUAUAUCCCAGACUUUACAUAUCUAUCUAUCUAUCUAUCUAUCUAUCUAUCUAUCUAUCUAUCUCAACCUGUUCAAAUAUAUCCCAGACUUUACAUAUCUAUCUAUCUAUCUAUCUAUCUAUCUAUCUAUCUAUCUAUCUAUCUAUCUAUCUAUCUCAGCCUGUUCAAAUAUAUCCCAGACUUUACAUAUCUAUCUAUCUAUCUAUCUAUCUAUCUAUCUAUCUAUCUAUCUAUCUAUCUAUCUAAGCCUGUUCAAAUAUAUCCCAGACUUUACAUAUCUAUUCAUCUAUCUAUCUAUCUAUCUAUCUAUCUAUCUAUCUAUCUAUCUAUCUAUCUAAGCCUGUUCAAAUAUAUCCCAGACUUUACAUAUCUAUCUAUCUAUCUAUCUAUCUAUCUAUCUAUCUAUCUAUCUAUCUAUCUAUCUAUCUCAGCCUACUUUACAUAUCUAUCUAUCUAUCUAUCUAUCUAUCUAUCUAUCUAUCUCAGCCUGUUCAAAUAUAUCCCAGACUUUACAUAUCUAUCUAUCUAUCUAUCUAUCUAUCUAUCUAUCUAUCUAUCUAUCUAUCUAUCUGGGCGCGUGGCCGAGUGUAGACGGGUAUCCUCGAAUACUAUUCUUUAUCUAUCUAUCUAUCUAUCUAUCUAUCUAUCUAUCUAUCUAUCGCAGUCUCUUCAUAUCUAUCUAUCUAUCUAUCUAUCGCAGUCUCUUCAUAUCUAUCUAUCUAUCUAUCUAUCUAUCUAUCUAUCUAUCUAUCUAUCUAUCUAUCGCAGUCUCUUCAUAUCUAUCUAUCUAUCUAUCUAUCUAUCUAUCUAUCUAAUCCAGUCUGUCAACAUCUAUCUCAAUCCAUUUUUUUCUUUUUUCUUCUUUUUUCUUAAACUUUCCUUUUUCUCUUUUUUCCCUUCUUCUUCUACUUCUUCUCUUUGUUGUUCUGUUCCUACCUCAUAUUCUUCUACUACUUCUGCCUCUCUACAUCCCUCUUCUUUUCAUCCUGAUUCUUUCUCUUCUUCUUCUUCUAUUCCUUCUUUUUCUUUUCUUCUUCUUCUUCUUCUUCUUCUUCUUCUUUUCCUUCUUCUUCUUCUUCUUCUUCUUCGUCUUCUCAUAUUUUCUUUCUUCUCCUAUUUCUAA